AUGGCCUCUUCCGUUCCCUCUACCGGCUCGGCCAAGGUCGACGCCGUCGUCGAGAAGGCCGCUGCCGCGGCCCCUGGCCAGCUCUCCGGCCUCGCCCUCUACUCCAGAUUCGCCCUUGCCGGUGCCGUCUGCUGCUCCGUCACCCACGGUGCUCUUACUCCCGUCGAUGUCGUCAAGACCAGAAUCCAGCUUGACCCCGCCACCUACAACCGCGGUAUGAUCGGCGGCUUCAAGCAGGUCAUCCAGAACGAGGGUGCCGGCGCUCUUCUCACUGGCUUCGGUCCUACCGCUGCCGGUUACUUCCUCCAGGGCUCACUGAAGUUCGGUGGAUACGAGUUCUUCAAGCAGCAGUCCAUCAACUUGAUCGGCUACGAGAACGCCGUCAACAACCGCACUGCUGUCUACCUCGCCUCCUCCGCUGCCGCCGAGUUCUUCGCCGACAUUGCCCUGUGCCCCCUUGAGGCCACCCGUAUCCGUCUCGUCUCCGAGCCCACCUACGCCAACGGUCUCAUCGGUGGCUUCAGCAAGAUGCUCAAGAACGAGGGUAUCGGUGCCUUCUACGCCGGUUUCGGACCCAUUCUGUUCAAGCAGAUCCCCUACACCAUGUCCAAGUUCGUCGUCUUCGAGAAGGUCUCCGAGGCCAUCUUCCGCCAGUACCCCAAGAACACCCUCUCCGACAGCGCCCAGACCGCCGUCAACCUGGGCUCCGGUCUCAUGGCCGGUUUCGCCGCCGCCAUCGUCUCCCAGCCCGCCGACACCAUGCUCUCUAAGAUCAACAAGACCAAGGGUCUCCCCGGUGAAGGCACCACCUCCCGCCUCAUCAAGAUCGCCAAGGAGCUCGGCAUCCGCGGCUCCUACACCGGUAUCGGGGCCCGUCUUUUCAUGGUCGGUACCCUUACUGCCGGUCAGUUCGCCAUCUACGGCGACCUCAAGAAGGCUCUCGGUGCCACCGGCGGUGUUGAGAUUUCCAAAUAA